AUGGCCCCGCCACGAAGAACUGCAGGAAGUGCGGCAGCCAAAAGCACACCAAGGUGGGCAACUGCGCAAUGGAUCCAGAAAAUGCAGCUGGAGAACGCAAUAUCGGAAAAGGCAGCCAACAGCCAGGCAAUCAGGGACAAAGCCCACCAGCAGCAGCGGCAGAACUACCUGCUGGGCAAUCAUGUCAGCGAGUAUGAGGGCAUCAUUCACGAGGGCGAAAAGCGAGCCGAUGCAAACAAACCAAAAGCCAAGGAGCUUCGAACGUCUCUGACACUGGCGCAGACCAAUGACAACUACACGCAGCAAGUCGAGAAGGGAUGCGACGAGCUGGAAAAGAUGAAUUCGGAUCUGCGGCGGGCUUCGGAGGAACUGGAGAAGACCUGGAAGAGGCAGUCGGGCCAGACGGAGAAGAUGGUUCACAGUCUGGAAGAGGCGCUUCCGAUUUCGUCUUCUGCACGGGAUAAAUGGUCAUCGACCAGCACUCCUCGUUUAUGA